CCGUGGCGGCGGGGCCGGCCAUGGGCAGCGUGCGCUGGGCCUUCCCGUGCGGCGCAUGGCGGCCCCGCCGCCGCGAGUGGCUGCUGGCCGCGCAGCUGGUGCAGCCCGAGGAGAAGGAGCGCAUCGGCAAGUUUGUGUUUGCCCGCGAUGCCAAAGCCGCCCUGGCUGGUCGCCUGCUGAUGCGGAAAUUAAUGGCAGAGGAGCUGUGCAUACCUUGGAACGAAGUCCACUUGCAAAGGACACCAAAAGGAAAACCUUUCCUGGCCAGUAACUUAGUUGGUAUCAACUCAAAUUACAGCUUCAAUGUCUCUCAUCAAGGAGAUUAUGCAGUCCUUGCAGCUGAGCCUGAGCUUCAAGUUGGCAUUGAUAUUAUGAAGACUGAUUUACCAGGUAGUAGCUCAAUUCCAAAUUUCUUUCACUUAAUGAAGCGACAGUUUACUGAAACAGAGUGGAAUGUAAUCAAGUCCAUGAGUAAUGAAUGGAUGCAGCUGGAUAUGUUUUAUCGGCACUGGGCCUUAAAAGAAAGCUUCUUAAAGGCCAUUGGAGUUGGAAUUGGCUUUAACUUGCAAAGAAUUGAAUUUAAUGUGUCUCCAUUGCAACUGGAAAUAGGAAAGGUGUAUAAGGAGACAAAGAUGUUUCUGGAUGGAGAAAAAGAAGAGGAGUGGACAUUUGAGGAAACCCGCUUGGAUGGCAAUCAUCAUGUUGCAGUGGCACUUGGGAAACAGGAGGGAUUUGCACAGAAGGAUUCUGAUGUCCAUUCCAUGGAGCCCAACCAACCACAAUUUACAUUAUUGACUUUUGAAGACUUAGUUGCAUCUGGUAUUCCUGUUGCACCUGAGGAUUCUGCAUAUUGGGACAACUUCUGUUCAAAGCAGGAGGGUCCAGUGAGACAGAGUUCACAUUCAAGAUAGGACUGUGUAUAAGAAAAAGAAACUUGACAAAGUUCUUAUGCAGUUAUCCUGUUUAAUUUGAAGUACGUGAAUAAGUACACAUAUGUAAAUGAAAUGUAUCCUUCUCUACUUAAGCUGACAACCUGAUUUUCAUGACACUUCAUUGGGAUUCUAAGGAAGACAUGUUUCCUUUCUUAAGGAAUUCUGAAUCAGAAGCCUAAACCAACAUGCCUUUUUGCAUCUCCUUGCCUGUGGCUCUUACACUUCAGUAAUUAUCCAGGCUAGGAACAGAAAGCAGCUGUACAAUAAUGUUGUUUAUAAUGAACAAGUGUUUAGUAUAUAAAAAUGUGUUUCCAUACUAAUUUAUGCUGAAACUUAAAUUAUGAUACUGCUUUUUCUCUUACAAAAAUUAUUCAUUCAUUCUCAGAUGGAUGAAUAAAAAAAAUGCUACAAAUUCUUAUGCUGUACAGCACUUGGUGUUUGUGUAAUGCCAGGCUGUAAAGGUCUAUAGUAGUCUUGAAGCUACAUAUGUGGAUGGGAAUUAACUUACAAAUAUUUCAUAGUCUUUUCACUUCUUAUCUUUGUUUAUUAAAGCUUCCUGUAUGCAACUUA